GACAGAGCGCCGCACUUCCGGGAGGAGGUGCUCCGCGGAGCCUAAGCUGGGGCCGCGCGGGGGCUCCCCCUGGCGGCGGGGCGGAGCGCAGCGCAGAGGGUGUCAUGGCGGAGCUCGGCGCUCACCUCACGGCCGCCUCGGCCGGGGAUGACCGGCCCUCCAUCUUCGAGGCGGUGGCCCAGGACAGCCUGAUGGGCGCCGUGAAACCCGCCCUGCAGCACCUGGUGAAGGUGCUUGCUGAGUCCAAUCCUGGCCGAUACGGCUUCCUCUGGCACUGGUUUGAUGAGAUCUAUGUCCUUCUGGACGUGCUGCUCCAGCAGCACUACCUGGCUAGGUGCAGUGCUUCCUUUUCUGAAAACUUCUACAGCUUAAAGAGGAUUCCCAUAGGAGACUGCAGACGGCAACCCUUGGCCACUGCUGGCCUGCCAAAGAGGCAGCACUGGAAGUCUCUUCUCUUGCUGGUUCUUGUUCCUUACCUGAAAGGAAAGCUGGAGAAACUGGUGUCCACCCUGAGGGAAGAGGAUGAGUACUCCAUCCACCCUCCCUCGUCAUCAUGGAAGCGCUUCUACAGAGCCUUUCUAGCUGCCUACCCCUUUGUAAACAUGACUUGGGAGGGCUGGUUUCUCAUCCAGCAACUGUGCUAUAUCCUGGGGAAGGCUCAGCAUCAUUCACCCAUGCUGCGCCUGGCUGGCGUUCGCCUGGUCAGACUGACUGCGGAGGAUAUCCUAGCCCUGGAGAAGAAACUGGGGGGAACCACCUCACAUCCUGCACCCAGCAUUAAAACCCAGGUGCAGUCAGCAGUGAGGAAAGCCCUGGGCACCAUCGCCUUCUCCCUGUCCACUGGGCUGUCUGUCAGCGUGUUCUUCCUCCAGUUCCUGGACUGGUGGUACUCCUCAGAAAACCAGGAGACCAUCAAAUCUCUGACCGCGCUCCCAACUCCUCCACCCCCUGUGCACCUCGACCCCAGCUCCACUCUCCUACCCAAACUGAAGACUGUGUGUCCCCUGUGCCACAAAACUCGCGUCAACGCCACAGCCCUAUCCACAUCUGGCUUUGUCUUCUGCUACCGCUGUGCGUACGGGUACGUGAAGGCUCAUCAGCGCUGCCCCAUCACAGGCUAUGCCACAGAGCUGCAGCAUCUUGUCAAACUGUACUCUCCUGAGAGCUGAAAGGAGAGAUCCAUCCCUGCACCUUGCAGCUGGGUAGCACUGAGCCUGAAUUCUCCCCUCCUUGUGUCCCAUAAAAGGCUUUGGACCACUACAGCUCAUCAGUGAGCUCUAAAGCUGCUUUGCACUUGAUGAUACAUCAGUUUUGCUGCCCUUGUGAAUUCUGGUAAGGCUCUCCCCUUUAUUAACUGUUCAAACAUCCUGUGACAGCCUCAGAGGGACUGGACAGCCCUGGUCUGUCAGCCAGCACAGAAGCACCUUCAAAGACCAACCAAAAGGGAAGAAACAUUGAUCUGGAUAAGAUUGUAGAUCAAAGACCAUCACUGGCAAAUUCCCCACUCAAGGGCAUGAGCCAGCAAAUUAAAGAGGUAGGGAAACUUCUCCAGGGGACUUAUUGCUACCACAGCAGCUUCUCAGCACUGCCAGGGCAAGCUCUGGCACUAGUGCUUGUCACAGAGUUAGAGACAGGCUCAAACCUCUGCUCCAUCAUGCUGUUCUUCAGGGUCCCCCUGAUUUUUCAGGCUACUCGCCUCUGAAUUGAGAACAUCAACCCCCUAAUUCCCCUGACAGCUCUAAGUGAAGGGUUUGACUUUUUAAAGGAAGAGAAGUUGACGUGUGUAAACAAGGAGAUAAGAGAGACAUUACAUGUGUGCACAAGGGAGAAAAAUGAUGAACCAGAGCAAAGCAGCAAUGAUGGGAGUUGGCUUUUUUGUUAAAUAAGUCUUUGCAUCGGUUAUUAUCUGCUUUUAUAAAGCAAAAAUCUCUCGAUUGAGAACCUAACCUUAAUUCUUUUCUGGUUACUGGAAAAACAGAGGAGCUCUGUUUACACAAGGGAGACUGGACUGAAGCAGCUUUCAUCUUUGCAGACAAUGGAUAGGCGUAUUUUAUAGGCUGAGAAUCGUUAAUAUCCACGUUUAAUUACUGCAUGGCAAUUACUCCAGUCCCAGCCAUGUAGCACAUUCACAUCAUAGCAAAGCAUCUUUUUGCUGAACAGAGGAGAGAACGUUAUGGCUGGCCCCUGAGACACCUGGGUUUGUGAGGGAAGGUGUUUUCCUGACUGGGCUCUAGGGAGCAGCAGUCAGCUCUCAGAGACACCACCAGGACAUCCCUUGCAGAAUAUGAAGAGGAAAGUUUGCUCACAAUGUACAAGAUUUUUCCAGAUUAAGUGGUAAUUUCUAACAUUUAAUCCACUGAACCGGGUCAGCUCAUUUCCCUCUGCACUUUAGCUUUGCUUCAGAAGAUAAAAAUCUCCAAUAUGCUGCCUCACCUAUAAGCAAGAUAGCAAGGUUAUUGAAUAACAUGGAAAAAGACAGCAAUUUGUAUCCUAAAGAUGCUCUGGAAAACACCUGCUGUAACAAAUGAGAUUUGUCACUUGUCUUACUAGCUCUGUGCAACUUCCAGACCCUUCCACCUGUGCCACUAUGGAAUAAAAACUCUCUCAUUUUUCCUUUAGUAGUUAAUGGAUCUUUAAAGACACCUCUCCCUUUAAAAAGCCAGGAAGAGCAUGUGCAUCUUGCUGGAAAAGAAAUCACAGAAAGGACCAAGAUUUUCUGAGACUUCAGAUCACUUUUAAUGUAGCUGGCUUUGAGCUGGUUGUUAAUUCACAUCACUUGCUUCAUACAGAGAAAUCAUCAUCUCUGUGAAAAAACAGCAUCUAAACCACUCCACGCAUGUGCUGUGUGGUCUUAAAAGUACCCAUCUGAUCAGACAGACAUGGGCCUGAGUGUCCUGGAGACUGACUGCAGCCACUCAUUUACAUAAGGGAUGAAGGAUUUGACUGAUGAUUCAGUUUUAGGAUAGGUUUAAUGUCCUUUUAUCCUGCCUAUACUUUCCAAAAUAAGCACAACCCAAGCUGCCUCCGUGCACACACUGCCCCUUGUACACCUCCUUCUUCCAGGGUUAAUCUCUUUCCCUCUCCCCAGAGUGGAUGCCUCCCUGCCAGGCCCUGGCUGCUUCCACUCUGCCUCACACCACACAACACCCUGUCCUUGCCAGACCAACUCCACAGCACCUCUGAGACCUGCACAGAACCACCCACAUCUAAGCCCCACAGUUCUGAACAGCUGUAAUUACUCUCUUGAAUAUUAAAUUGUUUUUUAAUGCUUAGCUGACUAACAAGCAUUAAGCUCACAACAGUGACAGGCUCAGCAGUUACCUGGCAGAUUUUGCAAGUGUUCCUGCAGAAUACCAACUUGGAUUUGACUGCUUCUUCUAACCCUCCUGUUCUUAGGAGCCAAAUACAUACCCUUUUAUCAGGUUUAUUGCUCUAAAACAAAGCUAUAAACCAGUUUGGAUUAUACAAACAUUCCCUUUUAUGUGCUUUUAAAUGUAAUAGUGUUAUUAAAGCCAUGAUGGCCUAAAGAUAGACAAGAUUUUUUUUAGGGAAUAUCAACUUUAUUAAACCAUCCUUCAGACUUACAUACUGAUUUGUAACUUCUAUACAGGCACAUACGUAUACAUUCAGGAUGCUUUGUUCUAAGUUCUGUGGCUUAAUACAAUUACAUCAACAUUAACAGCAGCACUGGAGCUGCUCAAUAUGUUACUGUCAGAACUUGACUAAAGUCUUUUAAAAAGCAUUUAAUGAAGCUAAGCCACAUUCACAACUCAUCCAGACACUUAGAAAGUGAGUGCAUAAGCAACUGAGUUGCUUUCCUCACUUCCUUACAGAAACCACAUUGCUUCUGUUAUGAGAAACCCACCAUAAUUAUACUCCUCAGUAUACACUCCCUGUAGAAGCUUCCUUCUUCACAGGAAAAGAGAAAUUAAUGUAGAGCCAUCAUCAAGACCUGGAAGAGAUUAAAAACUUGAUUAGGGAAUAGCUCCAGAUCUCUUCCUGUACUUCCUUGAUUAGCCCAGCCUUUCCCCUGUCACUUCCUCCAGAGCAGAACACCAGAGCCAGGCCCAACACCACAACUCUCUUCCAAAACCAUUCCUCCUAGCAAUCAUGUAUGAGGGUACAGCUGAACCAACUGCUAAUGAGGUGCCUACAGGACAGACAGCUCAAACUCCAUUUCACAGAGUAAAAUGCACUGCAUUUACAGAGAAGAUGCAGUGGCAGAGCAUCUGGAGUUUCAUGUGCCAUACUGCACACAGACAAAACAAGAAACCUCCCUUGCUGCAAGCUCAGUUCUAAACCCAUCAUUGCAGCAGGAUGCACAAACCCAAACGAGUGUUUGCACUACUCACUUGCCAAAUCAAGGUUUUUGUUUUCUGCCAAUAAAAUAAAUGGCUACAAAUUCUUAA